CUCUCUCUCUCUCUCUCUCUGCAUCCUGCGCUCCAGGGGUUCAGACAGACAGACAGAUCACCCCUCUGCUCUCUACUGAAUCACUACAGUCUGGGGGAAACUCUAAUCCUUUAAUUUCCUGUUAACAUUUUUGGUCAUCCGGCCGUCUGUCCUUCUGUUUACUCCUGUCCUUCUGUUCUCCUCCUCCUUUCCUCUCCCCCUCUUCUUCUCUCUGUGUCCACGACGAGAGGAGCUGUCUGGGGCUUUCUCAUUGUCACUCCCUCUUCUGAUCUGUUUCCCAGCGGAGCCCGGUGCUUCUCUUCUCUUCCUCUCUCUUUUUAAUUUUUCUCUCUUUGUUUCUGCCUUCAUCCUUCAUCGCCAUGGAUAUGGGCAGCCUGACAACGGUGGUGGCCAACUCGGCCUACAUCUCGGCGCGCGGGAGCUUCGACGGCACGGCCAACCCGGCCGCCAACCGGGACAAGAAGUACCACGCCCGCCUGAAGCUACCCCACAUCACGGUGUGUGAGGGCCUCAGGGAGACUCUAGACCUGGGCUUCCAGACCGCCUGCGUGGAGCAGCCCAUCGGCAAGCGUCUGUUCCAGGAGUUCCUGGAGGCCAACAACGACUACAAAGGCCCCUGCCGCCUGUGGAAGGACGUGGAGGAGUACAACCAGGCCGAGGACCAGGACCGCAUCAAGAAGGCUUCCAAGAUGCUCUCACGCUACAUGGAGCCCAGUGCCAAACACUUCUGCCCCUUCCUGCCGGAGAACGGCAUCACCAAGGUGAAGGAGAAGCACGCGGAGGCCGGAGACGAUCUGUUCAACGAGACUCUGGCCAGCGUACUGGACUUCCUCAAGGAGGUCCCCUACACGUUCUACCUGGACAGCAUGCACCUGAAGAGGUUCCUCCAGUGGAAGUGGCUGGAGAUGCAGCCCACAGGAGAGGACUGGUUCAUGGACUUCCGUGUCCUGGGGAAGGGGGGCUUCGGGGAGGUACACGCCACCUCGAUGAAGGCCACGGGGAAACUGUACGCCUGCAAGAAGCUCAACAAGAAGAGGCUGAAGAAGAGGAAAGGAUAUGAGGUGAGAGGCAGAAGACCUGUAUUACUACUAUGUAGUGCAGUUUGUAGUUCACUCCUAAAAUGUAUUUACGGGUAUCCAAGAAAAAGAAGGCGAUGUUACCGAAAAAAUUGUGAGGGACUUCUUUCUUACAGUGCUUCAAAUCCCACUCGAUGCUGUCGAUAAAAUCCAACUCGAACGUGUACACCGUUUCGGACAAAGAGGACAGAGAUAUGAGCGUCCAAUCGUUGCCAAAAUGUUCUUUCUUUAAGGCACGAAAAUAGGCAUGAAUGAUCAGUUUCCGAGGGAGAUUGCAGAACGGCGCAAAGUUCUGUACCCAAUCUUCAAGGAAAAUAGAUUAAAAGGGAAGCGUGUUGCUCUCGUUGUCGAUAAACUGUAUAUUGACAACCAAAUGUUCCGCGACACAAAGACUACUCCAUGGCUAUUCUGAAGGUUCUAUUAGAGGAGUCGAAUAAUGGAACACCCAAUACUAGCCAUGGUAGGGAUUGUAAUAAUAAAACACAUUUAUAGUAUUUAUAGUAUUUUAUAAAGGGAUAAGACGGUAUUACAAGAAAGGAUAACAAGCGAAAUAAUACAUGUUCAAAUAUAACUAAUUAGAACACAAAAGUACUCAAUCAACAUAGUGGAGAUAAAAACAUAGCAAACAGAAGACAUAGAAGGCACAGUAUGUGGGUAUGUGUGGAUGUAUUGUGAUGGAAGGUGUGGUGUGCGUUUUUGUGUUUGGAAAAGUGUGGCGUUAAGUGAGUGAGAAAGGAAAUGGUUGCAUAUCCCAGAACCAACGUGUGUCUGUGAGCAGGGGUUGUGAGAGAGAGCUUUCAAUUUUGUGCAGAUGAGGGAUAUACAUUUAAAAAUAUAGUAUACAUCUAAUCUAUUUUUUUAUUGUCCUAUCAUGAUGGAACGAUCCCCAACCCUAUAUCCUAGACACCCACCUGAGCGACCCAUACACCAAAGAGAAGUCCCCAUCUGUUUUAUGGCCCUGCUGUGAGUUGCCUAUAUGCAGCCAAAACAGAAAGAUAAAUGCGGUCAGAGACCUACUAGAGCAGCACCGCCCCCUCAAGAUUCUGAGCCUGCCUGGCAGGGUUGGUCCUACAAAGCCAGAGCCCCCUGAUGGGAGAGCAUAAUAUACAAGGAAAUUCUCAAAGCUGCUAAUGAGAACCUUGACGACCUUGUACCUAGCCGGUGGGGUACGCCCACCCAGGUAGUGGCAGUGCUGGCAACACUGGCUGCAGUAACCCAUGGGGAGGGGGUCACACUCGGACAAUCAGAGAUGGGGCAUAUUAUUGUGGCCCUAGUGGCACAAAUAAUCAAAGGUCUGACUGCACGGAGAUGCUUGGGAUAAAUGGUUACAACGAGGGACCAGAGUGUUUGUGUCUCAGGAGAAGAGGGUGGAUCUGAUCUCCAUCACCUAGGACUUGACAUAGGUUAAUCAAAUCUAAAAUGUUUGUUCAAUCUUGCAUGCUUUCUCAAACAGCUGUAACUGUAUAUGCAUUCGUAAAUCAGGUCCUUUCUUGAGUUGGGCUCUGGGAUGUAACAACCGUGUCACGAUCGUUGGUUAAGGACCAUCGCAGCGUGGUGGGCGAACAUCUUUAAUAGUAAAGUGCACACACGAAUACAAAACAAUAACGAUACGUACGUCAUCAGACACUGACUGACGGACAAAAACCCAACAACCCCAAAGGAAAACAUACAGUUAAAUAGUCCCAAUCAGAGCAACCAGCCCACAGCUGACACUCGUGCCUCUGAGUGGGAGUCAUAUCUCAAACUGAAAUGAACCCACAGAAUACCAGACAUAGAAAUACCCCCAAUGAAUGAACACACCCUGUCCAUAUAUACAGGUCCCGAGCAGAGCGUGACAAAGCGUGUGAGAAUCUGAGCGAUGGCCUGAUAAGGACACAAGGGUGCUGGUGAGCGUGUGUGUGUUUGUGUGUGUUUAUCCCACAUCUGUUGCAAGGGGGUAAGGAUGUUAGGGAGAAUAUAGGAUGAAGCACAAUAAUUGUUUGCUAAAAUAAUAAUUGCUUGACAAAAAUGUAAUGUAAUACAAUGGCAAUCCGGGUUAUAGGUAACAAUCCUUCGCAUGAACUGCCGACAUUAUUACGCAUAUUAAUUGAUAAUGAUUGAAAUUAAGAUAUGCAAGAUAUUUGAAUAUAUAUAUUUUCAAUAGCUAUAUAUAAAUGUAUAUUGAGGUGAUAGCAUUGGAAAUGCUUUUGGCGGUUGACCUGCUUCUGUUUUGUGGGUGGCACUGUGUGCUGUUUUCGAAGGAUGGGUCCUGGCCCCUCGGGGGCCUAGGGAUCCGGGGGGACGGGGGUGGUAUGCCGAUCACUGGGAUGACAACCCAACUUGGGAUGGGGAGGGGCUUUAGCGGGGGGAAUAGUGGAGAACAAUUGGAGUGUUACUUAGUACAAUGCAAAUAUCAUGGUACAGCUAUAUUUAAUAAUAAUAUGCCAUUUAGCAGACGCUUUUAUCCAAAGCGACUUACAGUCAUGCGUGCAUACAUUAUUAGUUUUUUGUGUAUGGGUGGUCACGGGGAUCGAACCCACUACCUUAGCGUUACAAGUGCCGUGGACUACCAGCUGAGCUACAGAGGACCACUAUAUGGACACUCAAUCACUAUGGUAUUUUUUUAUUGGUACAGGGGGUGAAAUAUACUUCUCCCAUGGGCAAAGAAACUCAAAACGGGUGAUGAUAUUAAUUAACAGUAAUUUCGAUCCGAAUGUGCAAAUUGUCCAAACAGAUCCGCAAGGUAGAUGGAUGAUUUUAAAUAUGUUAUUGGACCAUAAACAGAUAUGGCUCAUUAACCUUUACGGACCAAAUAAUGAUGAUCCACACUUCUUUGACAACAUAUAUAAUAAAUUAUCAACCCUGCAAGCAAUACAAUACUCUAUCAUUAUGGUAGAAUAUUAUAAUACUGUUUUAAAUAGCUCAAUGGACCAUAAAGGAAAUCACACUACAAACUAUCACCCUCAUGCUCUUAAGGAAAUCAUGAAUGUCAUGGAUACAUUAGAACUAGUAGAUAUAUGGAGGCUUAAAUAUCCUGACCUAGUGAGAUAUAAUUACAUGGCGGAGACUCAAUCAAGCUAGUUGUCUUGACUUCUUUCUUAUGUGUCAGUGUGUAGCGGUAGGACGGAGUCAGGCGCAGGACACAGAGCUAGUAGACAACGUACUUUACUCGUGAAAAUAAAUGAACAUAAUCUCCACGCAGGGAGGACAAAACCUGCUCACCAGUCGAUGACACCAAACAUAGAACAAACAUGCACACAACACAGUGGGAGCCAGAGGGUUAAAUAGGGAACAAAUCAUAGACAUAAUGGGAACCAGGUAUGUACAAUAAAGACAAAACAAGUAGAACACAGAAACAUAGAUCGGUGGCAGCUAGUACUCCGGUGACGACGAACGCCGAAGCCUGCCCGAGCAAGGAGGAGCAGCCUCGGCUGAAUUCGUGACAGUACCCCCCCCCUUGACGUGCGGCUCCAGCCGUGCGCCGACACCAGAUCGGGGACGGCCAGGAGGACGUGGAGCAGGGCGAGUCGGAUGACGACGGUGGAAAUCCCUCAACAUGGAGGGAUCGAGGAUGUCCCUCCUGGGGACCCAGCACUGUUCCUCCGGACCGUACCCCUCCCACUCCACGAGAUACUGCAGGCUCCCCACCCGACGCCUCAAAUCCAGGAUGGAAUGGACCGAGUACGCCGGUGCCCCCUCGAUGUCCAGUGAGGGUGGAGGAACCUCCCGUACCUCAGACUCCUGGAGUGGACCAGCUACCACCGGCCUGAGGAGAGACACAUGGAAUGAGGGGUUAAUACAGUAAUCAGGAGGAAGCUGUAACCUAUAACAAACCUCGUUCAAUCUCCUCAGGACUUUAAAUGGCCCCACAAACCGCCGACCCAGCUUCUGGCAGGGCAGGCGAAGGGGCAGGUUUCGGGUCGAGAGCCAGACCUGGUCCCCCGGUGCAUACACCGGGGCCUCACUGCGGUGGCGGUCAGCGCUCGCCUUUUGUCGCCUGAUGGCCCGCUGCAGGCAUACAUGGGCAGCGUUCCAGGUCUCCUGCGAGCGCCGAAACCAUUCAUCCACCACAGGUGCCUCAAUCUGGCUCUGAUGCCAUGGUGCCAGAACCGGCUGAUAACCUAACACACACUGAAAUGGAGAAAGGUUAGUGGAGGAGUGGCGGAGGGAGUUUUGGGCCAUCUCUACCCAGGGGAUGAAAACCGACCACUCCCCCGGCCGGUCCUGGCAAUAGGACCGCAGAAACCUCCUCACCUCCUGGUUUACUCUUUCCACCUGCCCAUUACUCUCGGGGUGAAACCCUGAGGUCAGGCUGACCGAGAUCCCCAGACGUUCCAUGAACGCCCUCCAGACCCUUGAGGUGAACUGGGAACCCCGAUCAGACACUAUAUCCUCAGGUACCCCGUAGUGCCGGAAGACGUGUGUAAAUAGGGCCUCAGCAGUCUGUAGGGCUGUAGGGAGACCGGGCAGAGGAAUGAGACGGCAGGCCUUAGAAAACCGAUCCACAACGACCAAGAUCAUAGUGUCCACCGAUAGGUGAGACCACGGCCGUUGUGAAACAGGGAGGGGUUGUAAUUUCCCUCUGGGCAGGUGUCUAGGUGCCUUACACUGGGAGCACACCGAGCAGGAGGAAACAUGUCAGGAAAUACUGUCACGCCCUGACAUAGAGAUCUCUAGUUGGUUUGGUCAGGGUGUAAUUUUCUAUGUGAUUUUCUAGAAUGUGUAUUUCUAUGUUGGCCAGGUGUGGUUCCCAAUCAGAGGCAGCUGUCAAUCGUUGUCUCUGAUUGGGAAUCAUACUUAGGUAGCCAUUUUUGCCUACCUAUGUUGUGGGAUCUUGUUUCUGGUUUGGCUUGUUUAUGUGUAGCCCAUUAGAACUUCACGUUACGUCGCUUUUGUUGUUUUGUCGUGUGUUUACUUCUUCAUUAAACAUGUACGCAUACCACGCUGCACCUUGGUUCAAUCCUUUACACGACGAACGUUGACAAUCAUAGGUAGGACUGGUGGAGUUAUGUCGCACAUGCAGCUAACAAAAACAUAUGGAAAUGUCUGCUCUACCCAAAAUUACAACCAAAUAAUUGCAGCAUUACCGCAUAAAUGGAAGCGGAAAGUGGAAGGGGGAAAAAGUAAGGAACUUGUCUGUCGGCCCUGCAUUAAAGAACAUAAUUGGUUAAAGAAAAUUGUGAUAUUAAAAAAAUAUACCAGUUUCAUUUAAGGACCAAAGGAUUGUGUUUAUGAAUUGAUACGCAAAAUGACGCCGGAUUCAAAACUUUUAAUUAUUAUACAAAAUUCUUGAUACCAAUAGAAUGUUAUUUAUAUGGAGGAUACAAUCUUCCCAGCUCUGCAGAUUUUGCUGCGAAGAGACAGAAUCAUUAGAUAAUUUGUUUUGGUACUGUCCAUUUGUAGCUUGUUUUUGGUCACAGGUCCAGGAAUGGCUGAAGGAUUGCAAUAUUUACCUGGAGCUAACCCUGCAGAUAGCAUUACUGGGUGAUCUGAAAAGUCAUAGUCAAUCGAUCAAUAAUAUAAUAAUACUUUUAGCAAAAAUGUUUAUUUUCAAUUUACAAUCUGUAGAAACAAUGAGAAUAGAACGUUCAGAACUUUUGUGAAACGGUACAGUUGAAAAAUAUAUGGCAAGUAGAAAUCCAAUAUGGAUGGUGUUAAGAGAUAGAUGGGUGGUGUUGAAUGGAGUUGAAGGGAUGGGACUAAUAACAACUAACAACAACUAAUAACAACAAGAUAACUAAUGUAAAGCAUACUGUGUCCAUAAUAAGUAUAUAGGUUAUAGGUUGAGAGAUUUUGUGAAAGAGCACAGUUAGAAAGAUAUGGCAUAUAGAAUCAAACCGGAUGGACAUCAUGAAAAUGAUCAGAGAGGUUGAGGGUAGAGGAAGUUCAGGAGUAAAAACAAACAAAAUAGAAUUAUUGUAAAAUUGACUGUGUCCAUAAAAUGUAUAUAGUAUGUCUAAACUGGAAGUAGAGGCCUAAGCGUUGUUGUUCACUAGUUUACUCCAAUUAGGGAAGGGGUGGUUGGGUUGGAAAGUAAUAAAGUGAAAUAUAUUUUUUAAAAAGGAUAUGUAUGUAUAUGUAUUUAUAUGUAUGUAUGUCUUUAUGUAUGUGUAUGUAUGUAUAUGUGUAUAUAUAUAUAUAUAUAUAUAUAUUUGCGAGAGAAAAAAACAUAUGGGGGAUUGGAAGUGAUGCAGACAAUUACAUUGAUGGAAGUUACAAUCAAUCUGCAAUAUUAAAGCUGAUCUACCCCCCCAAAAUUAAUUACAUUGUUUAAAUAAAAUAAAAUAAAUAAAAACAAUGGAGGGAAAAUUGGUUGCCAUUGGAAUAGAGGAAGGAGUGCCUGAUGGGUAGUGUAGUUCAUGGAGGGAAAUGACUACGGGUCAGUUGAUGGGUUGUUGCGAGACGUGUGUUGUUAGGUGUUGGUUUUAUUACGUGAGUUCCGUGUGAGAGCUGUGAGGAAGUCAUUUUAAAGAGGGAAUAGAGAGAGAGAGAGAGAGAGAAGUGUGUGACUGGCAAAAGAGAGUUCACAGUUUAAUGAAUCAAGUUUGUGUUUGGAUGAUGAACACCACUCGUAACACAACCUAUCCAAAGCAUCUGUCCAGGAUAAGCGAUGCUUAGUGGAGGAGGGCCGAUUACAGAACAGACUUAUGCUAGUACAUAGGAGAGCACACACACUUCAGCCUUGACCUUCAUCAGAAUGUCACAGCUCUUCAGAUUAUCACAGGGAUUUUACACAACAUAAGACCCUCAUUCAGGACUAUUACCCAACAACACACCUUCCAAAUGUCUUCCUCUCAGUAUCCCAAAUAGCACCCCCCUCCCUAUAAAUCCCUAUGGGCCCUGGUCAAAAGUAGUGCACUUCAUAGGGAAUAGGGUGUCAUGUAGAAAGCAGCCAUGCAGGAUCGUGAUCAUUCCUGUAGAUGUUUUACAACAAUGUUCUAUGCCCAAAUAGACUAGACAGAGGAGUGGUCUGGGCAGUGGUGGUGGUGGUGGUGAAACUGUGUGUGUGUCUGUGUGUGUGUAGUGUCUGUGUCUGUGUGUAGUGUAGUGCAGUGUGUGUGUGUGUCUGUGUGUAGUGUAGUGUAGUGCAGUGGUCUCCAGUAAAAUGAAUGGAAGUGUUGGACUGUAGUCCGUUCUGGGCAGUGAGGUGUAAGGGUCUGUCUGGAGUGGAACUGAACGAACAGGGGACAUUGAGAUAUAUUGGGCAGGGCAGAGUUGACAUAAAAUACAAGUGGUAUUUCAUUAAAAUACUCCAGGGGUGCAACUAGUCCUCUAGGCCACAGUGGCAGCUGGUUUACAGACUGAUGUCUACCUGGGAAACAAAGUGUGGACUCUGGACUGACAUUGGACUGUCAAACCACUCGCUGAUAUAUGAAGUGACAUUAAUCGCUCAAUGAAGUGCCAACGCAGGAACCAGAGGAGCUGUGUAGUGUGUCUGGCUUCCAUGAUAUAAGUGAUAAGCCUCCUGCAGCAUUAGAGUGAUUAAUGAGCUCCUUAUUCAAUAGGUGCCAACUCCACCAUGUUUAUAAAUGGAGCAGAUCCCUCCCUGCUAAGGGUAUUGGGCCUGUGUGUUUGUAUGUACGUGUUUAUCACAUAUGCUUACGUAUAAGUGUCUGGUUGUCUUGUGGAAUGUGAAUGAACUGAUGGACCUUGCAGCCUGUCCUGUGCUGACCUUAGAGACACAGGCUUUGGCGCAAAUGGCACCUGGUUCUCUAUAUAGUGCAAUACAUUUGACCAGAGCCCUAUGAGCCCUGGUCAAAAGUAGUGCUCUAUGAAAGGAAAAGGGUGCCAUUUGGGACGCAAACAAAGUGUUUCCCCUCCGGUCCACUAGGGGGCGAUGGUGGAGAAGAGAAUUCUGGCACGUGUCCACAGCAGGUUCAUCGUGUCGCUGGCCUACGCCUUCCAGACCAAGACUGAGCUCUGUCUGGUCAUGACCAUCAUGAAUGGAGGAGACCUGAGGUAAGAUAGCUUGCUCCUAUUGGGUGGGUGUGGGGAGGGAGGAGACCUGAGGUAAGAUAGCUUGCUCCUAUUGGGUGGGUGUGGGGAGGGAGGAGACCUGAGGUAAGAUAGCUUGCUCCUAUUGGGUGAGUGUGGGGAGGGAAGAGACCUGAGGUAAGAUAGCUUGCUCCUAUUGGGUGGGUGUGGGGAGGGAAGAGACCUGAGGUAAGAUAGCUUGCUCCUAUUGGGUGGGUGUGGGGAGGGAGGAGACCUGAGGUAAGAUAGCUUGCUCCUAUUGGGUGAGUGUGGGGAGGGAGGAGACCUGAGGUAAGAUAGCUUGCUCCUAUUGGGUGAGUGUGGGGAGGGAAGAGACCUGAGGUAAGAUAGCUUGCUCCUAUUGGGUGGGUGUGGGGAGGGAGGAGACCUGAGGUAAGAUAGCUUGCUUCUAUUGGGUGGGUGUGGGGAGGGAGGAGACCUGAGGUAAGAUAGCUUGCUCCUAUUGGGUGGGUGUGGGGAGGGAGGAGACCUGAGGUAAGAUAGCUUGCUCCUAUUGGGUGGGUGUGGGGAGGGAGGGUUCUAUUUAUGUCUGACUAUCUACUGUUUGUUUCCUGCUGUGUUUCUUGUUGUGUUUCUAUGUGGUUUGUGUAUGUAAUGUGUGAUCUGAGGUAAGAAUGUCCUCUUGUAAACAUCAAUCUGAUCUGUGGUCAGGUAUCACAUCUACAAUGUGGACGAGAACAACCCAGGGUUUGAUGAGCAGAGGGCCUGUUUUUACACAGCUCAGAUCAUCCAGGGCAUGGAGCACCUCCACCAGAAGAGAAUCAUCUACAGAGACCUCAAACCUGAGAAUGUGUUGUUGGAUAAUGAAGGUGAACACACAUACACGCACACACAGCGGGCUAACACAGUACAUAGUUUCCUACAAUACACUUUCACAACUUAAAUCCAUUUACUCUUAACACUAACACAGGACAUGCGUCGACACUGACGUACUCUGGGCUGCUAACAAUGUCUCUGACGUUUGUUCGAGUUGUGUUUGACAUUGUUUACUCUCUCUGUCUCAGGUAACGUGCGUAUCUCUGACCUUGGUCUGGCCGUGGAGCUGGCAGACCACCAGAACAAUAUCAAAGGCUACGCUGGGACUCCAGGUACACUACCACUUACCUUACCUUACCUUACCUCACCUUACCUUACCUUGCCUCACCUGUACAGUACAACUCACUGUACUGUCCCUGACAACUCACUGUACUGUCCCUGACAACUCACUGUACUGUCCCUGACAACUUACUAUCCCUGACAACUCACCUGUACUGUCCCUGACAACUCACUGUACUGUCCCUGACAACUCACUGUACUGUCCCUGACAACUCACUGUAGUGUCCCUGACAACUCACUGUACUGUCCCUGACAACUCACUGUACUGUCCCUGACAACUCACCUGUACAGUACAACUCAAUGUACUGUCCCUGACAACUCACUGUACUGUCCCUGACAACUCACUGUAGUGUCCCUGACAACUCACUGUACUGUCCCUGACAACUCACUGUAGUGUCCCUGACAACUCACUGUACUGUCCCUGACACCACUCAACUGUAUGUCCCUGACAACUCACUGUACGUGUCCCUGACAACUCACUGUAGUGUCCCUGACAACUCACUGUACUGUCCCUGACAACUCACUGUACUGUCCCUGACAACUCACUGUACUGUCCCUGACAACUCACUGUACUGUCCCUGACAACUCACUGUACUGUCCCUGACAACUCACUGUACUGUCCCUGACAACUCACUGUACUGUCCCUGACAACUCACUGUAGUGUCCCUGACAACUCACUGUACUGUCCCUGACAACUCACUGUAGUGUCCCUGACAACUCACUGUACUGUCCCUGACAACUCACUGUACUGUCCCUGACAACUCACUGUAGUGUCCCUGACAACUCACUGUAGUGUCCCUGACAACUCACUGUACUGUCCCUGACAACUCACUGUCCCUGACAACUCACUGUACUGUCCCUGACAACUCACUGUAGUGUCCCUGACAACUCACUGUAGUGUCCCUGACAACUCACUGUACUGUACCUGACAACUCACUGUCCCUGACAACUCACUGUACUGUCCCUGACAACUCACUGUACUGUCCCUGACAACUCACUGUACCUGACAACUCACUGUACUGUCCCUGACAACUCACUGUACUGUCCCUGACAACUCACUGUAGUGUCCCUGACAACUCACUGUACUGUCCCGUGACAACUCACUGCAGUGUCCCUGACAACUCACUGCAGUGUCCCUGACAACUCACUGUAGUGUCCCUGACAACUCACUGUCCUUACCUGUCCCCUCCCCUCUCUAUCACACCUGUCCUUACCUGUCCCCUCCCCUCUCUAUCACACCUGUCCUUACCUGUCCCCUCCCCUCUCUAUCACACCUUCCCUUACUUCCCUGCACUGUACAUUAAAGUAGGGGUCAAAAGUAGAUUACUAUAUACUGUAUAUGGGGAAUAGGGUGCCAUUUGAGAUGCAGACAGAGGACACUACUGUACCCUUUGACCUCUUCCUGUCAGGGUUCAUGGCCCCAGAGCUGCUGAAAGGGGAGGAGUAUGACUGGUCAGUGGACUACUUUACCCUUGGGGUCACGCUGUAUGAGUUCAUCGCUGCCAAGGGACCUUUCAGAACCCGAGGAGAGAAGGUGACCUCUUCCUUCCUCUCUUCCACCUCUUCUUCUCCCUCCUUUUCUCUCUUGUUCUGUCUCGCUCCUUCUCUCUCUCUCCUUUCUCUCUCUCUCCUUUUCUCUCGCUCUCCUUCUCUGUCCCUCUCGCCCUCCUUCUGUCUCUCUCCUUCUCUCUCUCUCUCUCUCUCUCUCUCUCUCUCUCGCUCCUUCUAUGUGUGUGUCUCUCUCCUUCUCUGUGCCUCCUUCUCUGUGUCUCUCUCCUCUCUCUCUCUCUAUCCUUCUCUCUCUCUCCUUCUCUGUCCCUCUCUCUCUCAUUCUCUCUUUCUCUGUCUUUCUCUUGCUUUCUUCAGUCACAGCUCACCUCUGCCUAACUCUGUUCCAAAUGGCACCCUAUUUCAUAUGGAGUGUGUUACUUUUGGGAAUAGGGUGCCAUUUGGGAGGCAACCAGAGGCUUGACAGAGGCAACGCUAAUGAAUGAUGUACUGGGUUGGGCUGGUCAGGUGUAACCUAACCUAGGGAUAUCACAUAGAGUUGGAUAGAGGGCACAAAGAGGUACAUUGAGGCACGUAGAGGGUUGGAUAGAUGUGCCUUCUGUCCAACUCUAUGGGCUGUCAUCCAUUCAGGUGGAGAACAAGGUAGUGAAGAAGCGGAUUCUGAACGACCCCGUGACCUACCCGGAGAAGUUCAGCGAGAACGCCAAGUCCAUCUGCGAGGCGCUGCUGUGCAAGACGGUGGACCAGAGGCUGGGCUUCAAGAACGGGUCCUGCGACGAGCUCCGAAUGCACCCCUUCUUCAGCGAACUCAACUGGAUGAAACUGAACGAAGGUACGGCCUGCAUCACUGGGGCUGCGUCCAAAAUACCACCCUAUUAUCCGUUCGCCCUGGUCAAAAGUAGUGCACUAUAUAGGGAACAGGGUGCCAUUUGGAACGGACGCCGCUGCAUCUAUACACACAUUACCCAUAUACACACAUUACCCAAUAUACACACAUUACCCAAUAUACACACAUUACCCAAUAUACCCACAUUACCCAAUAUACCCACAUUACCCAAUAUACACACACAUUACCCAAUAUACACACACAUUACCCAAUAUACACACACAUUACCCAAUAUACACACAUUACCCAAUAUAUACACACAUUACCCGAUAUACACACAUUACCCAAUAUACACACACAUUACCCAAUAUACCCACAUUACCCAAUAUAUACACACAUUACCCGAUAUACACACAUUACCCAAUAUACACACACAUUACCCAAUAUACCCACAUUACCCAAUAUACACACAUUACCCGAUAUACACACAUUACCCGAUAUACACACAUUACCCGAUAUAUACACACAUUACCCGAUAUACACACAUUACCCAAUAUACACACAUUUGUCGUCCUUUGAUUAAAUCUUAUUGAAACCCAUAAUAAACAAAGCAGCAAAACUUCAUUUCAAACUGGAAAUCAACAUAACUGACAUGUGCCCAGUUUCACAUGAUCAGUCACAUGACUCUCUCUAAGUGGUGUUGUGUUCCUCAUAUAGGGAUCCUGGUGCCUCCGUUUGUUCCCGACUCCAAGACAGUCUACGCCAAGGAUCUGGACGACGUCGGAGCUUUCUCAACAGUGAAGGGCGUCACCCUGGACGACCCCGACAAGGAGUUCUUUGACGAGUUCGCCUCGGGAAACAUCCCCAUUCCCUGGCAGGAGGAGAUGAUCGAGACGGGGAUCUACGGGGAGCUGAACCUCUGGGGGGUCGGGGGGGCGCUGCCCAACGACCUGCGCAGGGAGAGCAUCCUGGAACAGCCCCCCAAGUCCUCCACCUGCUGCCUGUCAUAGAUCAGAGGUCAAGGGGUAGGGAAUAUGGAACUCUUUGGUCGUGUUCCCCUGCAAAGACGUUGCAUGCAUCAACCAAUGGUUGUGUGCCACAUCAUUGACUGUGUCAUCGACUGACAGAUUGCUAUAACAUGAUGUGAUUAGCUGAUAAUUAAAAUGCCUAUCCAGGCGUUGUAAGAUCUGGCAGGCGUCAGCAACACCUGGGCAGAGGAACGCGCCCUUUAUGAAUAUCAUGACUAGGAAGGAUAUCAUUGGCCGGCCGAGAGGAGGAAGUAG